GUAAACAUGUCACACAUCCAGUACCUCGACGAGCUGGUGAAGGAAUAUUUAUUAUUUAGGGGAUUUAGUCACACUCUCAGGUCACUCGACAAUGAACUGAAGAUUGACAAAGACAAAGGAUUCCGGAGGAUGAAGACCGUCUCCAAGAGUUCAUCUGUCAACGUGGACUAGUUGGAAUGACGUGCAAAUGUUCAAAAUGUGGCAGAGAACUGACAGUGAAGAAGAAAUAUGUGCUUCAGUGUAAAAACCAAUAAAUGUAAAAUUACAGAAUGCCGCUUAAAGAAAGUUGCCUUCAUUGAUAGCUAUCAAAGUGGAUCGACUGGUUGACCAAGUGCUGAGUAGCAUCCAAACAUAUGACCUAAUAGGACUUCGUGAGUUGUGGGCACAUUUAGACAGAAGAAUCUUUGCCCGUCUCCCUCAUACACUAUUGCCUUGUGUGCGGAAGCUGGAGACAAGUAUCCUGCGGCUCUAUGUUAUCAACACAAUCCAGACCAACAAACCAGACAAACUGGUUGAGUUUUUUGAGAAGAUGGCACCAGACCUACAGAGUCAGUCAGAGUGGAGAGAAUGGUUCAUUCUGCCAUAUCUGAAAGGGGUGGAAGAAAACCCAUCAUUCGCAAUGUAUUUUACACGACAAUGGCAAGACACGCUCUUGGUAUCCCUUCAUAAUUUCUUGGCAGUUGUCUUCCAGAGUAUUGAAUUGCCAACUUUAGCUAGCUACCGUGAUGAAGCCUCCAAGAUUGCCAGACUUCAGGAAGAGAAUGAACUUUUGCGAGUGCGUCUGGCAGCACUUACCACAUCAGACCAGCCAACCCUUGAACUUCUGACUAUCCCAGACCCUCCACCUCCACAGCACCUUAUGGAUGACUUCUAUAAUAUUGCACAGGAAGCUCCAUCAUCAGACAAUCAGCUGAAAUCUCUAAAGACAAUCCUCUUUGGCUUGGGAGGGGGUCUACCCACAUCUCCAAUUCUAGGUCGUCGGGGGGCAGGCGGGGCUGUCACAGCAUCCCCACAACCCAGCCCCUCGGCUGGUCCCGCAACACCAUCUAGCAACCAAGGUCCUUCCUCUUCAUCAGGUCAUCCAGUGGUGAGAAGAACUUCCUCACAAGCCCCAGCAGAGGAAAAGAAGAGGAUGCGGUCAUCAAGUGUUGCAAGCAUGUCCUCUAGUCGUAAUAGCGGUGAACACAUUCCCGUCAAAAGACUGGUCCAGUCAACAGUCUCAUCUACGCGACCCUCUCGCUCUCCAACAAAGAUCAGACCACAGGACGAAUCUACCUCAUCGACGAAGACUGAUAUAACCAGUGACAAAGGAUCAUUUUUAUUGCUUGGUCAGGAGGGGUAUUAUGAACAUCGCGCUGUUGUGACACACGCCGUAUUUAACCCUUCGGGGACCCUGGUGGCCUCGGCAGACAUUGAUGGCGUGGUAAAACUCUGGUCACCCUCCCCUUUUCCUAAAACCCACUGUGGUGUAGUGGUCAAGAGUGCUGUAACUGCUGUGGAGUGGCUGCCUCGGGGUGAACGAUUCCUGCUCAUCGCCACAAAAGCAGCUACUUUGCGUCUGUUUGACACUAGAGAUAAAAAGACUGUUUGGGAAAUUGGGCCUGACACAUGUCCAGUUCUUAAGGACCAAAGAAUAAUGGGAGUAAGGAUGAGUCCGGGUGAGGGUAAUGCGGUGGUGAGUGUUGCCCCUCGUGUGCGACCCCAGGGCACGUCAACACCCCCAGCACAGCCGGCUCUGCAUACAAUUGACAUGAAAAGCCUCAAGGUGGAGAGCUCAUACAGGAUAGAAGGGGGUGUAGUCAAUGGUUGUAUCAUGAAUCACAAUGGUGGUCUACUUGUGUGUGGCUGUAAUGAUGGUUCGAUGAGGAUCAUUGACCUCCGUUGCCCUGAUGUGAUUGCUUCUUGGCCUGCACACCAGGGGGAGGUGUUUACUGUUCGACUUUCACCUCAAGAGAAUAAUAUCUACACUAUUGGGAGUGAUAAUAGAUUUGCUUGUUGGAGCAUGGCCCAGACUGGUGCGCGGGUAAUGGAUCAUGUCCUCCAUGAGCGAGCUGCUGGACCUUUCCUGGUGGGUGUUGGAGGAGUGGCUGGCUCAGGUCGUAGUGUACUUCUCCGUCCAUAUGGUCCGCUGUUUGCACUGCAUCAGGAUGGAGAACAUGUACUAACUUGUUCAUCCACUGGACCCAUAGUAUAUAAGGUUGGUGAAAGCAGCCUAGAGCAGGCACUGGUCGUGGGAGGUCACAAGUCACCAAUAGUAACAGUGGACUGGUGUAAUGCCCUCCAAUGUGGAACCUCGGUGGCAGCUGCACUUGACGGUUCUGUCACAGUCGCCACGUUAAUGCAUCAAUGAAGAUUAAAUUUGAUAAAUAAUAGGAACCACAUACAAAUGCUUCCUGUGUAAAGGCACACACACACACACACACAUGGGUGUUAACAAACUUCACACAAGUGAUGCAUACAAAAACUCUAAAAGGCUGCUCACUCUAUUGUGCAGUACACACACGAACCCUUACAAAUGCACAAUAGUUAUUCUUGAAACACACAUUCAUGCUUGCAAGUAAUUCAUGUUACAAAAAUGUUAAUCCACAUCAACUACUGUAAACUGAUUUCAGUACAAGUCAAUAGACAUUAAUUUUUGUAUUAUUGCAGUAGUUUUAUAAAUGGUUACAUCUAAUAGGGAAGAGGAAGCCAUCAGAAAUUUAAUCAAAGAAUGAAAUAUUUAUCUGUAAGUGUUUGUACUUUGUUACAAUGUUCACUUUAUAUAAGCUUCAAGAAUGUGUCAAGCUUUACUACAUUUCUACAAAACUGCUACAAAGUUUGCAGACCUGCAUUGAUUGACUGUGUUACAAAGAGUUGGUAGCUGCAACACAGGAUUGGGAAGGGCACUUUUGUUUCAUAAUAUCACUGUUUAUGGAGUAGGCAGAGUUGAUGAAAUUUUGAAUCUUUGAUACUGUCUGAAGGUAAGUUUAUUCCUAAUAGCGCUGAACAAUUUAUGGAUUGGGUAAGUAAUACAUGGUACUUAAUAGUGUGGGAAGGUACUUUUGAAGGUGCUAUAGCAUUUGUAAACAGUUCAUAAUUUGCCACUGGUGUAUAGCAAGAAACAGAAUAUCACAUGUAUCAAUACAUUAACUCAGCACCUCAAAUCCUGUCUAUUUGUAUAAAAUUUUGUAAAUAAUUAUUGCUAUGAAUAUUUGUUUUCCAUGGUAGAUUACUGAAGAUAAAUUUGUAAAUAUUGAUUUCUAGGCUACCUGAGAUAUUUAGUAUAUAUUUAUAAUUAUUAAGUACAUAAUUAUUUAUACAGUAUAUAAAUGCAUAUUAAGCACUUUCUUUUCAUUUAAAAUGCUAUGGGUGUAGCAUAACUUCGCAUCUGCAUCCAGACAUACAAAAUAUUGGUCGACUGUUAUAAUCUUGAUAUUUGACUGACUUGUGUACUGCCACUAUACUCCAUCCUUUACUUGAACAGAACAUGCAACUUUUUUUUGUGAUAUAUACAAGAUAUUCAAUGUGUUACUCACAUAUCGAUCUCAGUUUAUCAAUAAUUCUGUAAGAAAAUGUAUGUCUGGUAUGGAGAAAAAAAUUCACGUGUUGAUCAUCUGCAUACAGUAUUUUGAAGAAAUGUUUGUUAACAUUAUUCCCUGUAAAGAUUAUGGCCAAUAAAAUGAUAAGCUCCGA